AUCUUAGUACUAAAAUAUUCCAUAACUUUAUACUAUUUUCUCAAUAAAUACUACAGAAGCUAAGUUUUGUACAAAUCAUUGAAAUAAUAACAAGGAUUUGAAAUGGCAACAGAAGCUAAAGUAUUCGAACAUCCUAAGAAGGCCUUUGGUUGGGCAGCUAGAGAUUCAUCUGGUGUUCUUUCCCCUUUCAAUUUCUCCAGAAGGGAAACAGGUGAGAAAGAUGUAGCAUUCAAGGUGUUGUAUUGUGGUAUAUGUCACACUGAUCUCCAUAUGAUGAAGAAUGAAUGGGGCAAUUCCAUCUAUCCAUUAGUUCCAGGGCAUGAACUUGCGGGUAUUGUAACAGAGGUUGGAAGCAAAGUAGAAAAGUUUAAAGUUGGAGACAAAGUAGGAGUGGGAUACAUGGUUGAUUCAUGUCGUUCAUGCGAAAAUUGUGCGGAAGAUCUUGAGAAUUACUGCCCCCAACAAACAGUUACAUGUGGUGCUAAGUAUCGUGAUGGCAGCGUCACAUAUGGAGGUUAUUCCGACUCAAUGGUUGCAGAUGAGCACUUUGUGAUUCGCAUUCCUGAUAGCUUACCUCUUGAUGUUGCCGGUCCUCUUCUUUGCGCUGGAGUCACAGUGUAUAGUCCUCUUCGUCAUUUUCAACUCGACAAGCCUGGUAUGAAUAUAGGCGUUGUUGGUCUUGGUGGACUUGGUCAUAUGGCUGUGAAAUUCGCCAAAGCUUUUGGUGCUAAUGUAACAGUAAUUAGUACAUCGCCUAGCAAAGAAAAGGAAGCGAUAGAACAUUUAGGAGCUGACUCGUUUCUAGUAAGCCGCGAUCCAGAUCAGAUGCAGGCUGCAAUGGGUACUUUGAAUGGUAUUAUCGACACUGUUUCGGCAAGUCAUCCUAUCUUACCAUUGAUUGGUUUAUUGAAAUCUAAUGGAAAACUUGUAAUGGUUGGUGGGGUGGCAAAGCCUCUAGAGCUUCCUGUAUUUUCUUUACUUGGAGGGAGAAAGUUAGUAGCUGGAAGUUUGAUUGGAGGGAUAAAGGAGACUCAAGAAAUGAUUGAUUUUGCGGCCGAACACAAUGUAACACCUGAUAUUGAGGUUGUUCCUAUUGAUUAUGUCAACACAGCAAUGGAGCGUCUCGAGAAAGCAGAUGUGAAAUAUCGAUUCGUUAUUGAUAUUGGAAAUACACUAAAACCAAGCCCUUAAACAUUGCAGGAUAUAUCUCACAGAAUGAUUCACAGCUUUAAUUGUAUCACUUGUCAAUAAUGUUUUGGAUUUCCCUCUUUAUUGUAUCUGUGUGAUGUAAUUUACAAGAGUAGAAAUAAUAAGUUUCGUAUGUUUUCUAAUAAAAAUCUAUGUCUUGUA